CGGUCAGACUUGGACUCUUUCAGGGCAGAGAGAAAGAGAAUCCGGAAGACCCCCAAACCCCGUAACCCUACCCCGUAUAAAACCCCAACGCCGCGAUAGGGUCUCCUCCCUCCCUCCGUCGCCGCCGAAAUCUCUCGUCUUCCACCCUACUCGCGCUCCCCAAGCUACCUACCAAGUGCUGCUGUUCUACUUCUUGCCAUGGAGGAAGUCACUGAGGCGGUGAACAACCUCAGCAUAGCCGAAGGAGCGGCCGGAGCAGCGGCGGCGGCACCCGGAGCGGAGGGGCACAAGAAGAACCGCAUCCAGGUCUCCAACACCAAGAAGCCCCUCUUCUUCUAUGUCAACCUCGCCAAGAGGUACAUGCAGCUGCACGAAGAGGUGGAGCUCUCGGCCCUCGGCAUGGCUAUUGCAACUGUGGUGACCGUUGCUGAAAUUCUGAAAAAUAACGGCCUUGCUGUCGAGAAGAAGAUCAUGACAUCAACUGUUGAUGUCAAAGAUGAUGCUAGGAACCGCCCAAUUCAGAAAGCCAAGAUUGAAAUAUUGAUUGGCAAGACGGAGAAAUUCGACGAACUGAUGGCAGCAGCUGCAGAAGAGAGGGAGGCGGCGGGCGCUGAGGAAGAGCAAAGCUAAAUACCUUGAAGGUUCCUGUUGUAGCUUAAUUUUACUGUUAUUUCUCUCCUGUGUUUGAAUUUGUUAUCUGGACGAGAGACUAGUGCGUGUAUAAUCAAUUAAGGGUGCUGCUUAUUAGUGUGCCCUUUCUUGAUUUGUUAGGAUUGUAUGGCAACUUGUGAUCAUGAGAUGUAUUAUUGUGAUACUCUUAAUUUGUCUCCAUAUCUAUUUGGAAGAUCCCCUUGUGUUU